AUGGGCUCCAAAGGCGGCUCUGCUACAGGCCGCCUAACAACGCACGCUGGGCCGCCGGUUCCUAGAGUUAAACAGGAGCGCCUGUGCUCAGGGCCGGCGUGCUUUGCGCCGGGCCCCGCCCCCAGCGCCGGGCUGGCGUGCGUUUCUCUCGGCACCGCCCAGCGCACGUGUCACGGCGUCCCUGGCUGCGGCUGCGGAGGAGAUCCUGUGCUUCGAUGGCUGUACCAGUACUGGCCUCAGGGCCAGCCAGCCCCACUCUCCCCAAAGCUACAGAGACUCUUCCAAGAGGUGCUGCAGGACAUGGGCCUCCCAUCAGAUCAUUGCUACAAGGCCUUCACCACCUUCACCUUCCAGCCUGUGAGUGCUGGCUUCCCGAGACUCCCUGCUGGGGCUGUGGUGGGCAUCCCUGCCAGCUUCCUGGGUGACACAGUGACCAACACUAACCGGCCUGUGGUCAUACAUGGGCAAAGAGUGGACUGGCAAAGCCCAGCAGGUACCCGGCUGAAAGAUGCCCUUACCCUGUCCCAUGACGCCCAGAAGUUCGCCGUGGCCAGGGAGGUGGUGUACCUGGAG